AGAAAGGCUAGAUACCAAUAAAAAGGACUGUGAAGGGCAGAAGUUAGACACAAGUAACCACAAGGGCUGUGUAGGGCAGAAGCCAUGGGGAUGGUACUUUGGUGGACCCUACUCUGGAUAUCGAGAUACUAUCACAUACUUUCAGCUGAGGUGUUGGUGCAGCACAAAUACUUCAUUUAUGGGGAUUAUCAGAAGGUCUCUCUACAAGCCCCUGCUGAGCCCAAUGGGAAAGAAUUCAUCUGGGAGUGGACAUCUUAUGACGGACGAUACACAAAAGCUUGUGUAAUAACUAUGCAGUCCAAUGGAAAGUAUUCAUGGAAUCUUAAUGGGCCCAUUUCAAAACAAGGAAAGUAUGACCUUUCUCUGGAACCAGAGUUAGAAAAUGCAGGAGUUUUUACUUUCAUUCAAACUAAACCAGAGAAAGUUAAUCUGGUGCAGUUUGAAGUGUUUGCUGUAGUAGUGAAACCAUUGCACACUCUCAGAGCACUUGAAGGAUCUGAUGUGACCAUGAGCUGUGAGGUAUCCCACCUUCCAGAUUCAGCUACACUGGCCUGGGAACGGGACAGAGAACCCACUGCUAACACAACGCUGCUCUACAACAACACUGCCCACAUCAUCAUCCACAGUUUUGACGAACACAAAACACUUGGAACACAGCACACUCUGUACAGAGGGAGUCUGAACAGCAGUGAGGCGGUGCUAAUCUGCCAUUCUCUGAGCUCAUACACAAACGCCUCCUGGUCUUGGGCGCCAGUGUCUGAGACACAAGCAAUCCCUGUGGCCUAUGCUGGUAAACACAAGAAGGCUUCAAUUUCCAUGGAGAUGGACAAAGAGAGAGUCUCAUCUGAUGUCUAUGAUGGGUCUAAGUUUACUCUGAAAAUCUCACCAGUGAAGUUUGGAGACAGCGGAAGGUACACCUGCUUUUAUGAAAGAAACAGGAUGGCUGAAAUAAAUCUGGUAACUAUUCAGGUCUCAACAGAGCCCCCUGGUGGUCUGUCCAGGAAUCAGCCAGUUGUGCUGAACUGUGAGAUAUCGCAGGUGAUUGGGACUGUGACCCUGGCCUGGCUCCAGAUGAAGGGGGGCAGGGGGGAGCUCGUAAAACAGGAGGUCCUGACAGAGAGAUCCCCAAAAACGAUGCUCAAGCUCACCCUGCCCAGCCUCACUGAAGACCAGCUACACUGGGCCUGUGUGGUGUUCACAGGGAGCCUGCUCAGAGAACAGGUCCCCCUGCACCUCACACUGCCCAGCAAGCAAGGGUGGAGCACUGAGACAGUGGUCAGGGUGGUGAUUGUAGCGCUGGCCACCCUGGGGAUGCUAUUGGUUCUGAGGUGGUACUGGUCCUGGACGAGACGCCAAGCAAGUAAGGACACUCGCACUGGGACACAACAGCCAAGCGCUCAACAUCUUUCAGCUUUGAAGGAAGACAGGGGACCAUGGCCCUGA